AUGCAUGAUGAACAUCCGCAUCCCCUCUUAGCCCAAGUUCCCCUUACCCUUUCCCCCUUCCUCUCUCUUCCGACCGCAAUCCCCCUGCCCUACUCGUACAAAACCCUCCCGUCAACCCUGCCUCCCUCCAUCACCCAACCCAACUCUUCCCACCCGUCCCAACCACCCGCCUACGUUCAAUCUUCAACCGGCACGACGGCGACCCCCGACGAAAUCCUGACUUCCUGCCUCGCCCUACAACAGCACCUCGCGAAACUGGAAGCCGACGCAAGGCGCACGCUCCAAGAGUGGGAGGACAAACGAGAAGGCGAGGAGCUGGCAGAGAAACGGAGGGUGGCGCCGGGAUGGCUGGAUAGUGGGGUGCAUAUCCUGAAGCCCGAGGUGGUUGGCGACCAGACGGGUCAAAGAGAGGGUGAGGCCAACGAGCAAGUGCCACAGUUCAUGGAUUUGGACCCACAGGCAGAUGGCCGAAGGCAGGAGGGGGAGGAACUGGACAGGGUGUUUGGGCAGCUGAAGGUCUAG